AUGUUCCUUCCUUCUGUUUUUCCUUUGUCUUUUCUUUCUUCUCUAUUUUCCCUCCAUAUUUGUUUUUUUCUUUCCCCUUAUCCAUUUUUUCCUUGCUUGUCUUGUCUCGCUCUUCUUUUCAUGUUUUCCUUUUUUUUUCUUCAGUUUUCUCCUUUUUCAGUUUCCUUCUUUAUACGUCGUUUUCGAUAUUUGUUCGUUUGUGUUUAUCUUCGUUUGCUUUUAUCAUUCAUAUUAUUUUCCUUUUCCCAAUCUUUUAUGUUUUUUUUCUUUCGUAUUCUACAUCAUUUUCUACUGUUUAAUUCUAUUUCUUCUUUUUCUUCAUACACUCAUUCUAUUUUUCCAUUUACUUUUUCAUUUCUUCUUACAUCGCAGUUUUACUUCCUUCUUUUCUUUUCCUUUCCAAUUCUCCUUCCUCUUUUUAAUCUUCCUUGUCUUUUUACACUCAAAUAUUUAUUAUUUUCUUUAUUCUUUCUUAUCUUCUUCCUUUUUGCAUGUUCCAUCAUUUUUCCUUACAUUUUCUAUAGUUUUCUUCUUCUUUUCUUUUUGGCUUCUCUUCUUUUCAUUAUUUUCAUGCCUUUCUAUUUGACUUCCUUUGCUAUAUUUCCUUCCUUUGCUAUUUUUCCUUCCUUUGCUAUUUUUUCUUCCUUUGCUAUUUUUCAUUUUUACCUUUCUUUUUAUACAGGCCGCACUAUAUAUAUUCCAUUGUGUUCCUUCCCUUCUUUUUUCAUUCUUCUCAAAUUUCUAUUUUCUCUUUCACUCUUUUCUCUCAUCUUUUCUUUCUCUUUUGGCUUCAUCACUCUUUCCCUUCAUUCCAUCUUUCUUUUCUAUCUUUUCAUUCCUAACAUUUUCCCUUUUUCUUUUCAUCUUCAUCCAUCAUUCCUUUCAUUAUUCAUUCUCUUUUAUCUUCUUUCCUUCCUUCUUUUCUUCAUCAUUACAUCGUUUCUUUGGGUUUCUUUAUUCUUUGCUGCAAUAAUUCUUCAUUAUUCUUUCUUCCCUUUUCGUCCCUUUUCGUUGCAUUAUAUUUUUUAUUCUUUUAUUUUUUUCUUUCUGAAUUUUUCUCUCAUUUUAAGCUUUACUUCUUUCUCUUGUUACUAUCUUCCUUUCUUUAAUCCAUUUUCAAUUCAACUUCUUUUUUAUUUAAUAUUUCUUUCUUUCGUUCUUUCUUUCUUGGAUCCUUUAUUUCUUUAUCGUUUCCCUUUCUUCUUUUCUUUCUUGAAUUCAUUUUUCAAUUCUAUUCAACUCCUUUUUUAUUGUUUUCAUUCUUCUUCUCUUACUAGUUUUUUUCUUCUUUCUUUCUUUCUUUCUUUCUUUCUUCAUUCAAAUCUACUUAUUUUUGUGUUCUUUUCUGUUAAUUUACUUCUUUCGACAUUCAAUUCAUUUUAUUUGUCUUUCUUUCUUUCAUUCUUUCUUUCUCUUUGUUCAGAUAAUUCUUUCUUUCUUCCUUUUCUUCGCUUAAUUCAUUUUAUCUUUGUUUCUUUCUUUCUCUUCUUUGUUCAGAUAAUACAUUCUUUCUUUCUUUUCUUCACUUAA